CCAGUCAGUUGGCUGGACUCCGCUCAGCCUCUGCCGUUGAGUUGUUUGGAGCCUGAGCUCAGUGUGAUACUGUGCGUAAAGUCUACCUGUCAGACGCGGCAGCGGUGCCACAGCAGGCAGAGCUCAGCGUGCAAAGUCCAUUCUAACACACCCGGACUAACUGUGCCUUUUCAUCGGAUACCAUAUGUUGUGCUACGAUGGCAGUUUCCCCCCAAAACUGAUAAUGUGAAGUAGGUAAAAAAAAAAAAAGAAAAAAAGAAGGUGGGUCCGUCCGUCUCCAUCGACUCAGUUGUGCCGGGGAACGAUGCUGAACAAACCUGCGGGAGGAUCUUCUACUACAGCUGCCAGACUGCCAAAUCUUUCUCGGACUUCAUCCUCUCUUCCACUAGACGUCUGAACCUUCCAUCGUCGUCAUGGAGAGCCUCAGUGAGCUCCAGAACCCCCUGCUAGACAAAACCAGCAGACACGUGGUCCCCAACGACUACCAGGGUUACCAGUGUGACUACCCGAGCCAGCCUUACCAGGACAGCCUCAUUGGCUACUACUACACCGGGACUAAUGGCAAGCAUAAGACUCAGCAGUUCCUGGAUGCAACAUCCCUGCAUCUAGCCGUGGAGGCUUUUUACAGGCCCAACUUCAUCCUGUACAAAGACGACGUGAGUCUUCACAGCAAGGACUCCAAGAGUGAGAGCUUUGAGACCACUUUCACAGAGAGUAAAGACACUGUGUUGGAUGGAGGGUCCACAGAAAACUGCCAGGACAGCGUGCAGGGAGAGAAGGAUGUGAAGAUCCAGACGGUGUCGUACGAGGUGGAGGAUGAGCAGGGUCCUGAGUAUGAGAGUGACAGCUCCAGUGACAGUGAGAGUGAGGACAACUUCAUCGUGCUGCCCCCUCGGGACUACCUGGGCCUAGCCAUCUUCUCCAUGCUCUGCUGCUUCUGGCCGUUGGGCAUUGUUGCCUUUUACUACUCUCACAAGACUGGCAAGGCCAUCGCUAAGGGAGACUUCUCCAGAGCAGGAAUGAGCUCCAGAAGAGCUCUAUUCCUGGCUGCUCUUUCCAUUACCAUUGGAACAGGGAUGUAUGUGGGGGUGGUCGUGGCCCUCAUAGCCUACCUGUCCAAGCCUGGACACGUAUAACACUGGGACCGGCUUGCUCGGGGGAAGGUAGCAAGAAAGAGGAAGCAAGACAGGAGGAAAAGACGAUGUUGGACAGAUUCCUUCACCUCUCGUGAAGGUGUGUGCCUGUCCUGCUGCUGGCUGUCUGUGAAAGGAAAAAGCCAAAUGAAGAGAAAAGACUAAACAAGAGAGAGAGAGAAAAAGAGGAAAAAAAACAAGAUGUGUGGAUGGAGUAUCACUUGGACUGCAUAUUGAUCUGGACUGAAUCUUUAUUUCUGGGAUGCAACACUCCCACCAAGCUAUUCCACCACCACCAGUGCUGAAAGAUGACUUCCACAAAGGCUGUACUGUACUUAUAUGUUAGAAGAAAACUGAGCUCAUAGCAGUAAUGAACUACCUACCUUUUAACACAUUAGUCGUUUACAGCGUUUUUAUUUUACCUUUACAGUAGAUGUAUUCUAUGUCAAUACUAUUACAGAUUGGGUACUGUCCACUUUGUAAAUGAGUUCUUUGGAAAAUAAGUUUGUUUAUUCAAGGAAUAUACUGGAAAUUGAUCAAGUCAGUAAAUGGAGGAAAGCAGUUCCUUAGUCAAAAUAGAACAAAGCUGAUUGUCAGAGUGUACACAAAGCUGCUGAGCAGUGGUCAAGAGGGUUAGUUGUGUUUAUUGUGUACUGUAAAUGUAGUCAAUAAAUACAUUUGGCAUGAAUAAUGAAAAGUUCA